AUGCGUAAGUGUAAAGUUUUCGUGGGAAACUCUCAUCCCGAACUUGGGAAUCAGAUUUGUGAUAGGCUCGGCGUUGAACCUGCUCCAUGUGUUUUGAAGAAAUUCGCCAAUGGUGAGACUUCCGUGCAAAUCGGUGUGUCUGUCCGUGAUGACGAUGUGUACGUUAUCCAAUCCGGCUCCCCAACCGUUAAUGAUCAUAUUAUGGAGCUUUUGAUUCUUGUUUCUGCCUGUAGAGGUGGUUCUGCCAAAAAAAUCACUGCUGUGAUUCCUCAUUUCCCAUACUCCAAGCAAUGUAAGAUGAAGAAACAUAGAGGUGCUAUCACCGCUAGAAUGUUGGCCAAUUUGCUGAUCAUGGCGGGUGCAGACCAUGUGGUUUCUAUGGAUUUACAUGCUUCUCAAAUGCAAGGUUUCUUCUCCAAACCUGUGGAUAACCUUUAUGGAGGUCCAAGUUUGGCCAGAUGGAUUAGAGAGAACGUUGAGGACUGUCAAGAAGCAGUAGUUGUAUCAAAGAAUCCUGGCGGUACUAAGAGAGUAACCGCUCUGGCUGAUAGCUUGAAAAUCAAUUUUGCAAUGAUCCACACCGAUCGUCGUCGUUCUAAGGAUCUUUAUGCACAAAACAGAGAUUUAAAACAACUCAGACUGAGAAAGCAAUCACUUUUAAGAAAGAAUAGACCAAUCGUCAGACAAGGCGAUGGCCCAGAUGAAGAGGAAAACAUUAUCUUGACAAACGGUAUUCAAACUGCUAGAAUUAGAAACGGCCACGUUAUCGAUGAUGACGAGGAAGACGAUGAAGAAGAAGAUGCAAUUUUAGAGUCCGAGGCCGAGACCACAUCAUCGAUUGCCAGCGACUCAUAUGCUUUGGGCGGAACUUUCAAUGCUACAGAUUCCGACGAUGACGAAGAAAUUGAAGAGCAUCACCAGGAAAAGUUAAUAACUUUGGUGGGAAACGUUCAUGGUCGUUCUGCCAUCAUCCUAGAUGAUAUGAUUGAUAGACCUGGUUCUUUUGUCAGUGCUGCUGAGCAUUUGGUUCAAAAUUGUGGCGCUAGAAAAGUUUACGUUGUCGCUACUCAUGGUAUAUUUACCGGCGACUGCCUUGAGCAACUUGAAGCAUCAGAGGUUAUUCACAAGAUCGUUGUGACCAACACAUAUCCAAUUACAAAGGAGCGCUUAGAAAAAUCUAAGAAAUUGGUCAUUAUCGAUGUCUCACCAAUCUUUGCCGAGUCCAUCCGCCGUGAUCAUUACGGUGAGAGUAUUUCCGUCUUGUUCGACUCUCUAGGUUCUCUUUGA